CCGGAUAUAUGUAGCCGGCGGCAGAGCACGCCGCUGCGUGAGGCGCUUCUCGUUCGCCGGGCCCUGUGGUGAAGCGGCGCCUCCGCUCCUGUCCCGCUCUGCCCGCAGUUUUCAGUUGACCAAAGAAAUGGUGAUGGAGAAGCCAAGUCCCCUGCUGGUCGGGCGGGAGUUCGUGAGGCAGUACUAUACCCUGCUGAACCAAGCACCUGACUAUUUGCACAGGUUUUAUGGAAAGAACUCUUCCUAUGUCCACGGUGGCUUGGAUUCCAAUGGAAAACCAGCUGACGCAGUCUAUGGGCAAUCUGAUAUCCACAAGAAGGUGCUGUCACUAAACUUCAAGGAUUGCCACACAAAGAUCCGUCACGUGGACGCCCACGCCACCCUCAACGACGGCGUGGUGGUGCAGGUGAUGGGGGAGCUCUCCAACAACAUGCAGCCCGUGCGCAGGUUCAUGCAGACCUUCGUGCUCGCUCCUGAGGGCUCUGUUGCAAACAAGUUCUAUGUCCACAACGAUAUCUUCCGCUACCAGGACGAGGUUUUUGGGGACUCUGAUACUGAGCCUCCAGAGGAAUCAGAGGAGGAAGGGGAGGAACCUGAGGAAAGACAGCAGACACCUGAGGCUGUUCCUGAUGAUAGUGGUGCUUAUUAUGAGCAGACUGUCAGCAAUGACAUUGAGGAACACCUGGAAGAGACAGCUGCAGAGGCAGAGCCUGAGCCAGAGGCAGAGCCUGAACAGGAACCUGAACCAGAGGUGCAGGAAGAAAAGUCUGAGCCAGUAUUAGAGGAAUCUGCUCCAGAAGAGACUGUGGAAAAGAGUCCUUCUCCAGCUCCUGCUGAUCCAGCUCCUGCAGUGCAAGAGGACUCCAGGACAUUUUCUUGGGCAUCAGUAACCAGCAAGAACCUUCCUCCCAGUGGGGCUGUCCCAGUAUCAGGAAUACCACCUCAUGUUGUGAAAGUACCGGUCUCACAGCCCCGCCCUGAGGCGAAGCCUGAAUCCCAGACUCCCCCUCAGAGACCUCAGAGGGAUCAGCGAGUGAGGGAGCAGCGAACGAGCAUCCCACCUCAGCGGGGUCCUAGGCCAAUUCGCGAGGGUGAACAAGGCGAUGUGGAAACCAGGCGGAUUGUGAGAUACCCAGACAGUCAUCAGCUGUUUGUUGGGAACCUUCCCCACGAUGUGGAUAAAUCUGAACUUAAAGACUUUUUCCAAAAACUUGGCUUUUCUCUUGCAGGCUAUGGCAAUGUUGUUGAACUCCGCAUCAACAGUGGUGGAAAGCUCCCUAAUUUUGGGUUUGUGGUGUUUGAUGAUCCUGAGCCUGUUCAGAAGAUCCUUAGCAACAGGCCCAUCAUGUUCAGGGGAGAGGUGCGCCUGAACGUGGAGGAGAAGAAAACACGAGCUGCCAGGGAGGGUGACCGCAGAGAUAACAGACCCCGUGGACCUGGAGGCACUCGUGGGGGGCUGGGAGGUGGGAUUCGAGGGCCUCCUCGUGGAGGCAUGUCCCAGAAGCCAGGAUUUGGAGCUGGAAGGGGGAUCGGGCAACGCCAGUGAAUUCAUCGCGGAUGUUGACGUGAUGGCGCAAACCCUUUUUCCUGCAGAUUUGUGAAUUUCAGCCUUGGGUAUCUUGGAAUGUGGCCCUAGCCUGUUAUAGACUGCUACGUUUGAUACUAUUUUGGCCCCUUUUUGUUUGUGUUAUGGUUCUGUGAUUUAUUUUUUUCUAGUCCUUGUCCCAGAUUCCAGCUUUGUGGAACAACGUUUUAGGAAAAGUGGAUUUUAAAAAGAAAAGAACUGAAUUUUCUUCUUCACCUCAAACUUACGGACUGAUUUUUGGUUUUUUUGGUACCAGUGGUUUUUCCUAAGGAAUGUCUUUCUUUUUUUCUUUUAUGUUUUUUUCCUCCCCUCUUUCUAAUGAAUUUGGGUGCAGUCAGCGGAAUAAUAUUUCACGUGCAUGCAUUCAAGAGCCUGUAGGAAAACAUAGUUCUUGGCAAGUAUUCCAAGGGCAGAAAAGCAAAACUCUUGGUGUUUCUUUGAGGGUCAUAUGAACAUCCUCCGGUCUGGAGACAUUGCCACUUGAAAAAAUUGACUUUCACCUUUCUGUGGCGCUGUAAAAGUGGAAUAAUGGGUAUCCGUAGAAUCUCUUUUCCUUUUGAUACAUGAUCACAGCAAGGAAUUCGAACUACUGUUUUACCACUUUGAAAUUUUGGAUUGUGGGAUAGGUUUUAAAUGUCUAGAACUUGACUCUUCAAACACUUUUCCUGAACUUGUGAAAUUUUUUAUUGAAAUAGGGAGUUUUUUUCAUGUUUAGUUUGUAUUUGUAUAAAAAAAAAGCAAAAUUGUUGUGCCUUCUAUUUAUCUCUCAUUCCAGUUUUGGCAAAUUGUUUAAAAAAAAAUAAAAUAAAAAAGGUCUAGAUUUGCUUUAUCAAGUCAAGAGUAUUUUGGAGUUUGUCCAAGGGGAAGAGGCUCUUCAGUCACUAGGUUUACAUGGUAGAGGUGGUUGUAGCUAAAGCUCUUAAUACCUUCUGUGCAUCACUUUGCAUUUAAAUUAUUGAAAACAAAUACUUCUUGGAUGCAGAAGUUAAUAACUUGAACUUGAAGCUGGGCAGGUCCUGUUGUAACUAUUGCAAAAUUACAAGCAAAGCAGAAAUACCUCUGUCACAUCCUUUACAUUUCCAACUGCUGUAAGUAAUAAUUAUUUUUGCAGUACUUCAUUCCUUGCUUCAGACCUGAAGUGGAUAAGAAGGAAUUUUUGUCAGAAGUAUGGAAGGUGCUUGUCUGUCCUGGUGUUAAGAUGUUGAACACUCUCCACUGCCUCUGGAAGAAGAUGAAACUGAAAAUAAAAUACAAAACUGGGUAAUUUCAGACCAAGAGAUCCUGUAAGAUGGUGCUGCACAAAGCAGUAUUUCUGUAAUGGCUGGUGUUAAACAUCUGGAUAAAAAUGGUGGAUUUGUGUUUCCACUGGACCUCCAGGUCUCUUGGUAGCACAGUAGAGCUGUGUAGGAAGUUGGCUAAUCUGUGUCAGGUGUCAGUGUUUCCAUGUUUCUUGGUUUAUGACUAUAAUGACUGUGCAUAUGCAGUGUAUCAUCUCUUGACCUGUGCUUGCUGUAAGCUCUGGAGCAGAGCUGCCCUCAGUAUUACCUGUCCCCAGCAGUCAUGUUUUGCCUUUUCCUUGCCAGACUUACUGGUUGAAGCUGGUUGUACUAAAUGUUGCUGAAGUGUU